CUCUUCCACUUGCAUCCACCACACACGCUGCCACUUAAUACAUCAUGAAGCGCAGUCUAGAUAUAGACACCUCGGAGGAGGCAAGUGGCCACAAACGGCCUCGUCGACAGACUUCGCACAAAGACCGCUCGCAAGGCCCAAACACCGGAGCCGAAGAUUCAGGGCUUGUACGCGACAAAGAGUUCUGGUACGAAGAUGGUAGCGUCGUUCUAGUUGCGGGAAACGUUGGUUUCCGCGUGUACCGAGGUCUGUUGGUGAGGCGAUCUGAGGUCUUCAGCGACCUCUUCUCCGUCCCGCAGCCACAGGACAGCCAGCUGGUCUGCGGCUGCCCAGUCGUUCAUCUGUCUGAUACACCCGACGCCUUGAGAGAGGUCCUGGGUGUACUGCUUUGCGGAAAGAAAUACAUCCAGAAGAACGACAUUGAAUUAGAUCGUCUGUCCUACCGCAUCCGCCUAGCGCACAAAUACGGCAUCGAAGACCUCCUGGAUGAGUCCAUACAACAACUCAGGCAACUCUUCCCAGCGAACUUCGCAAGCUGGCGCGCCACGGGACGCCACUACACUUCCCGAGGGAUCACCGCCGUCAACCUGGCCCGUCUGACGAACACGCAGUCCGUGCUGCCCACCGCGCUAUAUGUAUGUUGUCAAUUGUCCGACCGUGCCUUGCUGGAGGGCGCGGCUCAUCCCGACGGGACCACCGACGAGCUGAGCCGGGACGACCUCCUGCGAUGCAUGGCCGCGAAGUCUCUCCUCGGGCGUACACACGUGCAUGGCAUCCACACCCUGCUCCACCACAUAGGCUCCUUCGUCCAGGGCUGCCGCUCGCAGCCGUCCUGCUGCAGGGCCUUCGAUCGCAUGCGCCACACGGCGACGACGCGGUCGCUCGACGUCGCGACGCCGAUAGACAUCCUCGACACGUGGGACGACCUGUUGGACAAAUAUGACAGAACGAAGGUUGGCGGAAAUGCGCUCGUCAGUUUGUGCGAGUGCUGCAUGACCAACCUCCGCGAGAGGGUCUUUGCUACUAUCUGCACCAGGUGGGCUUCAUUGCCGGGCCUCGUGGACGCCUGGAAGGAUAAAGUGGCCGAAGAAAACGGGGAUCCUGAGAUUGAGUAGCUGAGUGGCAUUGACAUAUGCUGCUGACAAGCUCAAGGAUCUGGAUGCCACAAGACUCAUCGUGAAGAUGUACUGCCAUUCCGCCUAUUGCUGCAUUGUAUCCGUAUCACUACGCGUCGCCCAUUGCAUACCCUGUAUACCCACAUCCAUAUACUUAUACGCUGCACUGUAUCUGAAUCACUACACAUCGCCCUCUGUAUACCCUAUAUACCCGUAUGAAUACAUGUAUCUACAGUACACGCUACUACAUUUAUUGAACCUGCUUUAUCUGCAUACACUCUCAAAGAGAGCAGAAAUUCCGCAGCGACCACC